AUGCUUUGCUCUGGAUUGUACAACGAUAUGCGGAUAUAUGAUGCAAUCAGGAAUGAAGAUAUGGGACAGGCAGUGAUGAUCACAAUGAAUGCAAUGAAAGAAAAGAACUUAUUUCCACCCUUGCAGAAACAGCGUAAAUGUGAAACAAUGUCUAAUCAAUAUCGUAAUCAAGGCAAUAAUGCUUAUAAACAAGCUAAUUAUCAAACAGCAUUAGAAUCUUAUAAUAAAGCUUUGCUAUCAGCGCCUAAAGGGACAAAUGCUAUGUCAAUAGCAUAUGCUAAUCGAUCAGCACUAUUAUAUACUAUAAAAUUGUAUCAAGCAUGUCUCAAAGAUAUUGAAAUGAGCAUAGCUUUUGACUGUCCCUCUCAUAUAGUUGAGAAAUUAAUGAAGAGGAAAAAGUUAGCAGAGUCCAAUAUUUGGAAGGAAAAACUUGUAGAAGAAGUGAGAUUUUCAAAUCGCAAAGGUUUUCCUGACUUUGAUUUUCCUAGGAAUCCCGAAAUACCCUGUGCCAGUACUGAUAUUGAUAUUAUUAUGGAAUCGGGAUUACCACAAGUGAUUGCUGCCAAGAAUAUAAAAGUUGGAACAAUCCUCGCAGUAGAACAGGCAUACUGCGUUGCGUGGCGCCGUCGCAACGAAACUAUGCAUUUUGAUGCCACGACAACGUCGUCUAAUCUCCUGUUUUAUCAGCGCAUCACCCUCCCACCCGCGUCGUCGUCUCGCCUCGUAACGCACUUAUGGGGCCUCGCCCUUAGUCUUCGUCAUAUUAACUAG